AUGGCUCUUCAAUCUCGCCAGGAAGCCAUGGCGGCGCUUCUGCACGCGGCGGCUAGGGUUGUAUGUAUCCCGCUUCGCCCCGAGCGCUGCGGAGGAGGAGAAUGGGCGAGCAGGUAUACUGCCGUGGGAGAGGCAGUAGCGGCAGUGGGCUGGAGGAGCGUCGAUGGUUGUGAAUCUGCGGAGGAUGGGGGUGUAGAUUGUUGUCGGGAGAGGAGGUGGGAGAAGGCGCGUGAUUGGAUUCGGGACCGGAAUUGA